UAAAUACGCGCACUCGCGCUCACUUGGUCGCGGCUUACCGCGUCGCUCAGUCGCUUCGCGGCACCCAGGAAGGUAUGACGUAUUUGCUGUUACUGUGUGUCUUCGCGGAAUUGGAGUGACUUUAAAAGAUGUCUAAACGCCGUCUUGAUUGGAAAGAAUCACUAAAACCGGAUGUUACUGUUGGCAAAAAAAGAGGAAAAAUAAACAUUUUAAAAGAUGAAACCUAUAAAAAUGAAAAUGGUAAAUUGACUCUUGUGUCUAGUAUUAAGACUAAAAAGACAUCCACGCAAACAAAUACGAUUAAUAAAAAUAAUACCAUACAAGAAUGCACAAGUACACUCAGGUCAGAAAUUUGUACUCCUGAAAUGUCUCAUGUUGAAGAAAAAUUUCAAUUUAUGAACAAUGAUGUGGUCCCCGCUAACAAUGAUACUGAUACACAAAAACAGGACAAUGAGAAUAUUGAAAUGACUCCCCGACAGUUAUCACGUAGAUUAGAUGUAGAAAAUUUAACUCCAACAUUCAGAAAACCCGACUGUUUUUUAGCAGAAACUAAAGAAGUGAUGAAAAUUAUUACACCAGUAAAAUUAUUCCCUACACCAUCCAAGACGCAUAUAAAAGAAGCCUUUAAAAUUAUUCCUCCGUACGAUUCUGAAGAAAAUGAGGAAAUUAAACAUAAUUUUAGUAAUUUAAAUAACAUUACAUUAGCGUUGAAUGAACAGAAUCAUGAAGAUAAUAAUGGUGAAGGGAAAUUUUCUCUAGACUUAGACUCUAGACAAAUACACAACGAGCCUAGAUCAGAAAAUGAGGCUAGUAAAGACCACCAUGAAAUUGUAAAACAAUGUUAUAUUGAAGGUGGUGAUGAUAUAAUUAGUAUAGCCGAAGAUGAGACGGUCUCUGUCUUACCCAGACCCACGAACGAAACAUCACAUACAGUUAAACUGUCAAUUUCUUAUUCUUACUAA